AUGGGCCCACCCAGCAGCUGGGUGCUGGCUGCUGUGCUGUACGAGGGUGACUUCACAGAACUGAGCGUCUUUUCGGUCUAUGUGAAGGCUCAAAUAUUUAAAUCGCUGUAUUGUUUUUUAAGUCAUAACGUUUCCCCUCGUCUUCCCUUAGUUUUUAGAAAUCAGCUGCCCAGGAGAAAUGACUUCUACUCCUAUGAGCCACCUUCCGAGGAUCCUCCUCCAGAGACAGGAGAAUCCGUGUGCCUCCAGCUCAAGUCUGGUGUUCAUCUCUGCAGGGUUUGUGGCUGUGUAGGCCCCAAAACAUGCUCGCGAUGUCACAAGGCACAUUACUGCAGUAAGGAGCACCAGACUUUGGACUGGAGAUCGGGACAUAAGCAGGCUUGUACACAAGUAGAUAAUUUGGACAGUACAGUUCCAGACCACAACUUCCUUUUUCCAGAAUUUGAAAUUGUAAUAGAAACAGAAGAUGAAAUUAUGCCUGAAGUUGUGGAAAAAGAAGACAAAUCAGAGAUUAUAGGGAGCAUGGAUGAAGCACCUGAGGAAGAAUUGGACUCCAUGGCAAAACAUGAGUCUAGAGAAGAUAACAUUUUCCAGGAAUUUAAAGCUAAAGUAUCCCUUGAACCGGAACAGGUUCUCAGAUAUGGCAGAGGGAUUGCCCCCAUCUGGAUCUCUGGUGAAAAUGUUCCCCAGGAAAAGGAUAUUCCAGAUUGCCCCUGCGGUGCCAAAAGAAUGUUUGAAUUCCAGGUCAUGCCUCAGCUGCUCAACUACCUGAAGGCUGACAGACUGGGCAGGAGUGUCGACUGGGGUGUCCUGGCUAUCUUCACCUGUGCCGAAAGCUGUAGACUGGGCACUGGCUACACAGAGGAAUUUGUUUGGAAGCAAGAUAUAACAGAUACAGCUUAAAGGCAACAUAAUCUCGUAGACCUUGUGAUUACAUUUCUAGGACUUUAUCCUAAGGAAGUCAUUGUACCAAAGACAUACAAAGAUGCUGUUUUAGGUGUUGUUUACAUUGUCUAAAUAUUAGACAAAAAUGUCCAGUGACAGGGAAUUAAGUAAACUCUGGUGUACCUAUCCAGCAGGAGGCUAUGUAUGCAGUCUUGAUACAGACCUACGUGCACAUCAAGUAAGACACAGGUAGAACCCAAGAUAGCAUUAAUAGAUGGUACUCAUAUGUGAUCGUGUUUUUAUAAAAAUACUUAUACGUGUGUAUGUGCACAAAGAAAAAAGAUCUCAAAAGAUACACACAGAAUGUGAACUGGUUAAAUGAAUGCUGGGACUAAGUGACAUGAUGUUUCUACUUUUAUGCAUAUUUCUUUCAACAAAAAAAAUGGGUUAAGUCCAAUUGUCACUCAAGAGCAUUUUCCCUCUAAAAUUUGCAAAGUUAAAACAAAGAGAAGAAGUAUUUGGGUAAAACCCCAAGAGACUCGUCUAAUAAUCAGGUGACUGUCAUGGGCUCCAGUUUACAUGGGAAAAUACUGAACCCCACUAACUAGUAUGGUACAUACAAUGAAUGGGAUACCCAGUCAUUCUGAAGCAGCAGAGUUGGCAGGAUCAAAAAACCUGACUUUGAAGAGAAGCUCUACCUCAAAACUGACCUUGGUCAGCCAGUGGCACUGCUUACAGACCAGAGGCUGAAAGGCAAGAGCAGUGGUCUUCUCUUCUCAUCUGCCCAUCUUGUACCACUGUCCACACGCAAGUAAACCCAGUAAGGAUGCGAGAAUCAGCCACUGGAGUUUCCCCAGGUCAGCCCCCGGGACUGCCUGGCCUUAGGGGAGCUGCCAGGUGUGGGAUGUUGUUUGUGCUGCCUCUGUUUAUACAGAUGGGUCCUAAACCUGUGCCAGUAGCUGUGCUACAGCUCCUUCUAGCCCCUAGCCUUUUACACUUGUGAUUCUCAGUUCUCUCACCAGCAGUGAUGCCUGCCCAGAACCAAGACAGACCCGAGGAGACACUGCUGUUGAUCACUGCUUGAAGACCAACAGCUAAUUCUGUAGCAUCCCUGUUAACCCUGAAAUGCACUGCUACCAUAAACACAUCUUUUUGGAGGUAACAUCACUUAAUGUUAGUGACUACCUGGCUAUUUCAGGAUACUUUCACAUCAGAAAGUCUUGGCCUUUCAGUCCAUCUCAUGUCUGUGAUUACAGUUACACGUAGCACCCUAUGGGAAACUGCAACAUGGAAUUGCCAUGGGGAGCUUGUUACUGGGCGAAUUCUAAAUACAAAUUUCAAAGAGGGAGGGAAUGGCGGUGUCACCUCACUCAAGCUAGGAGUGCUAAAUCAGUGAAAAUCACCCACAGUUCACGCCCUGUGCCUACGGAGGGAAACAUGGCAAGAGCCACACACUUGGUAGGACUCAGUGACUUACAGAAAACUAGACAAGUGGGAACUUCGUACUCCAAACUAAAUAACUCAGAAGUAAGUUUUCCAAAGUAGACCACUAUCCUGACUGCUAAGGACUUUUCAAGCAAAUUCAUUGGGGUCUGUCUGGAGACAUCCCCAGGUUAUGCUGCAAGCACACUGACCAGUCAGGCUGUCCCAGGUGUGUGUCCCUGCCAGGGCCCUUCCCUGUGGAGACACUAUUCCAAAUCACCAGAAUCAUAGUACUGACUUGGCAACCGUGUUUAAAAAAAUAGAAACUACAUUGAAAAUAAUACAAAAUAAGAUAACAAUUUAGAUAAAAAAGCAACUCUGUUGCCUCUAGAAAUGUUAAUAAAAACAGAAAACACCACCAUGUCACCCAUGAAAUGACGGCCACCUCUCACCCAGCGACUGCUCCUGCAGAGGACAGCUGUCACUGCUGCCCGGCCACAUACCCCAUCGUUCCCCAGACCUCUGCAUGGCUGGCACUGCCUGAUCAGGCAGCUCACUCCUCCCUGUUGCAGAGAGCAGUGCAUUCACCUCUUCUUUAUUUCAGAUACCGAGUGCCGGUCUCAUCAUCCUUUGAAAGUUCAGAGAGCACCGCAAAGAAACAGGUUUCAGUGCUUUUGAUAAUCAUACUGUUGGUAGUAUUCUGUUAUUAACUUACCAUCCCAUGUGUCCUUAGAAAUUAAGGAUUUUCUCAGUGUAAAAGACAAUACAGAAUUGACCAAAUAAAAGCCCUGUAGUCUGAUUUUGAAUUGGAUAUAUUAGUAUGAACUCACGAGGUAUUUUAUCUUGAAAACUUUUAAAAGGAAAGAAGCAUUUAUCCUGCUAGAUGAAGUAUACCACCUCAUGAAAGUAUCCCAAUGAAUAAAUGAAAAAGUGAUUAGAAUUCCAUCUUUCACAACCCACUAAUGAACUAACGGGUCAGCGAGAAGGCCACCAGACACUGACUCCCAACAAACACCACUGACAGUUUCUGCAAAGUGCAGCACUGCAGGUGCCAGAAGCUCAGGGGACAGACGGGCGUGCUGAGCUGCUCCACUCUGAGUCUGCAAAUGGCAAGGCUGAGGAACUACCAGAUAAACGGUCUACUGACGUACUGAAAAUGGAAGACAGUGGUGUUUAGGUAGUUAUUGUACAAGGAUAGUGGUUAUGGGGGGGGGCGGGGGGGAGCUGUGGCUGGACUGGAGCCUAAGCUGCUGGGAUCUGGCAAGGUUCUGAGUUGUGGUUGCUGGGGUGCCUGCCUCUGAAUAAUACAUUAUGCUAAACACUUGUUAGGUUUCCUCUGUACGCUGCAUUUUGCAACUAUAACCUUAAUAAUUUAGGUAAGUGGAAAUAAAUAUAUCAACCAUGA